UCAGGUCUCAUAAGGACACGAAAAAAUGAAUUCCUCAUCUCGCCAUUACCUCAGCUGCUGGCCCAGGAACACAACUACAGUUUCCCUGGGGGCCACCAUCCUCACGUACUGUACAAAAGGACAGCAGAGGAGAAAGUCCAGCGGUACCGUGGCUACCCCGGCUCCAGCCGGAACGCUCCUGGUCACUCCCCACGUCUCACUUUCCAUGCAUCUCAGAGCCAAGAGAGAGAGUAUCACCAUCGAAGGUUGCAAAAGCAGCAUUUUUGUGGACGACGCAAGAAAUAUGCCCCCAAGCCUCCCACAGAGGACACCUAUCUAAGGUUUGAUGAAUAUGGGAGCUCAGGGAGACCCAGAAGAUCAGCUGGAAAGUCACAAAAGGGCCUAAACGUGGAAACCCUUGUGGUAGCAGACAAGAAAAUGGUGGAAAAGCACGGCAAGGCAAAUGUCACCACGUACAUUCUCACAGUAAUGAACAUGGUUUCCAGCCUAUUUAAAGAUGGGACUAUUGGAAGUGACAUAAACAUUGUUGUGGUGAGCCUCAUUCUCCUGGAACAAGAACCAGGUGGAUUAUUGAUCAACCAUCAUGCAGACCAGUCUCUGAAUAGUUUUUGUCAGUGGCAGUCUGCCCUCAUUGGGAAGCAUGGCAAGAGGCAUGACCACGCCAUCCUACUCACGGGAUUUGAUAUUUGUUCCUGGAAGAAUGAACCGUGUGACACUCUAGGGUUUGCCCCCAUCAGCGGAAUGUGCAGUAAGUACCGAAGUUGUACAAUCAAUGAGGACACGGGACUUGGCCUGGCCUUCACCAUUGCUCAUGAGUCAGGGCACAACUUUGGCAUGAUUCACGAUGGAGAAGGCAAUCCCUGCAGGAAGGCUGAAGGAAAUAUCAUGUCACCCACUCUGACCGGAAACAACGGGGUGUUUUCAUGGUCUUCAUGCAGCCGACAGUAUCUCAAGAAAUUCCUUAGCACACCUCAGGCUGGGUGUCUCGUGGACGAGCCCAAAAAAACAGGACAGUAUAAAUACCCGGACAAGCUGCCAGGACAGAUUUACGAUGCUGACACACAGUGCAAGUGGCAAUUUGGAGCAAAAGCCAAGUUAUGCAGCCUUGGUUUUGUGAAG